AUGUGGGAGAAGUUGUACAGUAGCGUCGUAAGUGUGCUGGACUUUAACCAGGCUACACUUUCGGGUUGUGUUGACAUCAUAUGUGUACGCCAUAAAGAAGUGAUAAGCUCCGGUGGUGCUGAUUCAACUUCAGGUGUGUCAAGACAACAUGGUAGUUCUGAACUACGUGAUAAUGAACGGUGGAUAUACCGAUCUACACCGUUUCAUGUGCGUUUCGGUAAAACGAAAUUGCUUAAGUCACGUGAAAAAACAGUAUCUAUAUAUGUUAAUGGCGAAUUAUCGUCGUUGACAAUGAAACUGGGUGCUGCGGGUGAGGCUUUUUUUGAUGAAGACGGGCGUGAAAAUGUGGAUUUAAAAUCUUUAUAUUCACAUCAACUUAGUGACGCAUCCGGUUAUAGUGAAGAAGAGGACGUUGGUGAGAAUCUGAUGGAUUACGGUUACUAUGCUUGUAGUAAUAGCCGCUGCAGUGUCCGUAGUGAUAAUAAUGAACUUAGUAUGGCGAAUGUUUCACAAAAUAACCAACCUGGAGUUGAUGCUGCAAACCAUGUAGAUGGACGGACCCGUAACUAUUCUGAUCGCAUAUCAGCACCUGAGCAUCAAUCAGGACGUUCGGCUUUGGGAUCUGAUUCCACGAAAUCUAAUUUAGUUUUGUUUGGAGCUCCAUCUACAUGUCGUUCGCGUAGUGACUUGGAUCGGGAUUGGAACGAUAUGAGUAUGUCACAAGAUUAUGACUCUGGUUAUUCUGAUGACCAGAUAUUACAGUUUAGUUUAUGUGGUCAUCUGUUGAGUUCUCAGGAUGAAGCUUUGAACCAUCAGUUAUUUGCAGCUAAUAUAGUGGAUUGGGAGCGUUUGAACACAGAUCCAUCACUUUGGUAUCAUUCAUCUCUAGUUGCAAGGUUCGACAAUCGACCGCCAUACUACCCAUCUAGGAUCGCUUUGCCACUUCUUGCAUCAUGGAUUGUAUUUAAGAAACCGCUAUCUGGUGAUGCAAUAGCUACGUUAUUGCGAACAACGCUAGUUGCAACUAGCACAACGCCGACGGCACCGUUACGUAUAUCCGCUUCGGAAUUCCGUAACAGCCCCAGUGGAACACGUAUUAUGGGUUCUCAUGGGUUCCGUCGGUACAAAGUAUCGAUCCGUCCUACAUCUGACCAGCUUGCGGCGCUUAACCUUAAGAUGGGUGUUAACCGUAUAACAUUUACGGUGAAUUCUUCUUGGCAAGGUACUAAGAGCGUCCAUGCAAGAUUAUAUUUGUGGCCUUCUGAUUCUCGUAUUGUGAUUUCUGAUGUGGACGGCACUAUUACCAAGUCUGAUGCAUUGGGUCACAUUAUGCCUAUACUUGGGCGAGACUGGUCUCAUACUGGCGUUGCUGAGUUGUUUACAAAGAUACGAUCUAAUGGUUAUCAUGUGGUCUAUCUGACAGCACGUGCAAUUGGUCAGGCGGAUUACACUCGGGAGUAUCUAUUCGGGUUAACUCAGAAGAAAAAGGCUAAACUUCCACUGGGACCAUUGUUCCUGUCACCCGACCGUCUGCUACCUUCUUUCAAGCGUGAGGUGAUCAGUCGUAGUACGUAUAUGUUUAAGAUCCCUGCCCUAAGGGAUAUACGUAACCUGUUUCCACCGGAGCACAACCCUUUUUAUGCAGGUUUCGGAAACAAUGAAUCUGAUCACCGUGCUUACGUUUCUGUGGGUGUACCAGAGAACCGUGUAUUUAUAAUUAACCCGAGCGGUAUUAUACGUCAUGUGAAUGCCACUGACGCAAGCACCUACGAGAGCAUGAGCGACAUCUCAGAACUGAUGUUCCCUCCAUGCCAUCGUAGCGCCAAUACCGGAACAGAUGAUGAUCGCCGGUGA